UUUACAUGAAUCCUUCUCCUAUAUGAAUUUCCCUUCAAGUCAUCCCCUUUGGCUUUAUCAACUCGUCUGAUUUUCCCUUUGCUCUUAUCUUUCAUUUCCGCUCAUUGUCUUCCAUAAUACUCUACAAUGGCUCAUCAGCAUGUCGAAACCAACCCACAUUUCAUCGAUCCUGAAGAAUUAACACCAGAGCAGCGUCAGUUUCUACCCCCUUCUUUGUUGCCGCGACGUGGUCAUGCCCAACGUAUGCCGUCUCGUGGUCGUCGAGACCAACAGCAAAGACAACCCCAAGAGGAGCGUGUCCUGCCACUUGGACCUCGAGAUCAACAGCCGCAGGAGAGACAACCUCAAGAGGAACAUCUGCAGCCACUUGGACAUCAAGACCAACAGCCUCGGCAGAUACAACCUCAAGAGGAACGCCCGCAGCCAAUUGGUCCAUCUCCACCGGAACCACGUCGUGAAGGCCAAUGGCCUCACCAGCCAUUACAUGUAUGGGUGCCGCCGGCACAUCACGAUGACCAACACCUCCAACCACAUCCACAACCUCAUCAAGGUCAACAAAGGCAGCCACUUGAAAUGUGGGUGCCGCCAACCACAAGGGCUAGUGGUCCGAAGCCAAAAAAGGAGAAACAUCGGCCACGCAAGGAAGUCGUCAUGCAACCGCAGCUUCAAGACCAACAUCCUCGAGCAUCAUUGAUCAGGCCACAGCACGAAAGCUCGGACCACCACCCUAGUCCAGGCAUAACAAUACCAGAGCACAAGGAUCAGCGACCCCAAGAGCUACGCCCCCACUCUCGUCUUUUUCUCCCAAAAGACCGUCGAACCAAAGCUCAUACAUGGUUCGCAGCAGCUUUCUGCAUAAUAUUCUGGCUCUUCAUCAUAAUCGGAGGCCUAAUUGUCCUCAUAGUCUACCUCGUCUUCCGACCACGUAUCCCGUAUUUCGACGUCAACAGCGUCACCUUGAAUGCGGCCUAUCUCGACAUGGGAUACCUGCUGAAUGCCGAUCUAACCGUGCUGGCCAACUUCACAAAUCCAAACAAGAAAGUGAGCGUGGAUUUCAGUUACAUGUACCUCAAUCUUUUCUUCGAGAACACACUGAUCGCCACCCAAUACAUUGAACCGUUCUCAGCGGCAAGGGGGCAGUCGAGGUUUGCGAAUAUUCACAUGGUGAGCAGUCAGGUUAAGCUGUCGAUGAAAGAGAGCAUGCUGCUUCAGAAGCAGAUCGAGAACAACCGAGUCAUUUUCACGGUGAAGGGGAUGUUUAGAGCUCGAUCCAAUCUGGGAAGUUUCUUGAAAUAUUCGUAUUGGUUGCACGGCCAAUGUGGGAUACUGGUGUCCAGUCCACCCACGGGUGUCCUACGAGAUAAGAGAUGCAAGACCAAACGCUGAGGCAGAACCGAUUGUUUGUGUUUUAUUUUUUUGGUUCGAAAUUCAUUGGUAAUAAU